AUGGAUGAGUGGUUACAUCUCUUCUUUGCAAAGAAUGCCAAGUUCGAUACCGCGGGACUAAGUCAUGAUGAGUAUCUGAGCUUCUUCAACCUCGCUGUAACUAUCCACAUUCCGACUCGAGGCACGGAAAUAUACUAUGACAAUGUGAAGGCGAAGUUCCCUGACGUUCAACAGCUCCCUCGCUUCUUCGAGUCUCCCGAUCUGGGGCACCGUUCAGGAGGAAAGGGUGGGCAGCCCACGACUGUCUUCGCUGCCUUGAGACGCUGGGUCGAGAAUGGCACUGCGCCUGACACCCUACCUGUGGAGUUUUCUGGGGGUAAUGGCACUACAUACAGCAGGAUUCCGUGUCCUUAUCCAGCUCAAGCGAAGUAUAUUGGGGGCGAUGUUUCAUCUGUCAAUAGCUUUCGAUGGCUGUGA